AUGUCUACCCAAGGCGGCAGCGACGUCGAGGCAGUCAUUGAGAAAGGGGGUUUCCUUCGCAGCACUUCUUCCUCUCCGCCCCCUAAAGAGCCAACGGUACACGGCUCCGACCUCGUACCUAGGCCGUCAACAAGCCCGGAUGACCCUCUCAACUGGUCUUGGCUGAAGAAGCAUGCCGUCCUGCUGUCUCUGAUCCCCGGAUGUCUGCUCACUGACUGGACGUUGACAUGGGGAACAACGGUGUUUGAGCUACAAGCUCCUGAGUGGGCGAUGAGCGUCGAGGAGGUAGCACACUCUGUCAGUCCCGGUAUCUUCAUGCAGGGUCCUGGAGGUCUCAUCGCGGUGCCCCUUUGUGAGCGCUUCGGCAGACUCCCCGUACUCUUUUGGUCGCAACUUCUCUCCCUCGCCUUCACCAUCGGCGCCACGUUCGCACCAGACUAUGCCUCCUUCACGGCCAUGCGAACCCUGCAGGGCUUCUGUGGCGCCCCGCCGCAGGUGAUUGGCAUGUCGAUAAUCCACGACAUGUUCUUCUUCAAGGAUCGCGCCCGCAAGGUCAACAUCUGGGCCGCCUCCUUCCUGAUCGGCCCGUACCUCGGCCCGCUUAUCUCGUCGCUGCUCCUGCUGCGCAUCGGCUGGCGGCCUGACUUUGCCGUGUUGGCGGGGUUUUACGCCUUUAGCGUGCUCGUGGUGGUCAUCUUUGGCGAUGAGACGCUGUUUGACAGGAAGAACCUGCCGCAGCGGGACCAGGAGGGAGAGUUUUCGGGCCAGCGCAGGCCGUUCUCCCUCGUGCGUCACGUCUCUUUGCUCCUGGGCAUCGAGGGCUUCCGGACGCGCGCCGGCAGGCCUACCAUGUGGUCUGUCUUCAAGGACCAGUGCGCCGUGCUCAUCCGCCCGUAUGUCUUCCUCCCCACGGCCCUCUUCGUUAUGCCCAUCACUAUGUGGACGAUCGGCGUCGUGGCCACCAUCUCGCAGUUUGUGCUGCCGCCCGUCAGGGCCGGUGGGUACGGGUUUGACCAUGUCGCCCUGGCCAUGCUCUACUGGGCGCCCAUUGUUGGCACGCUCGUGGCCGAGGCGUGGGGCCACUGGUUCAAUGACUUCCUCGCCAGGCGACACAUGGCGAGGUACGGAUUCGAGUGCCGUCUCACGGCGACAUAUCUGGCCGUUGUGGUUGGCGCUGCGGGCUUGGUCCUAUUUGGGCAGACCAUUGAGCGCCAUCUGUCGUGGGUCGGUCUGGCGUUCGGGUGGGCCAUGCUCUGCUUCUGCACGCUGGCAAACAUGACGGCCGUGUCGGCGUACCUUCUUGACUGCCUGCCGCACCACGCCAACAUCACAGGCGCGUGGCUGAACUUCGGGCGGGUUGUGGGUGGGUUUUCGGUGGCGUACUUCCAGAUGCCGUGGGUGCACCGGAACGGUCCCGCGCUGAGCUUUGGUUGCCAGGCUGUUGUGAUUGUGGGCGCGGCGUUUGCUGUGGUUGCAACACAGCUCUGGGGUCGCCGGUGGAGGGCCAAGUUCCCCAUGUCAGGGGGAGGUGACUCCUGA